CCGAGUGUGUAACACGCGCAACGUGUUUUUGCGUGUUAAGUGUCUUGUAAAAUAUUUUAAAUUGUUACAAGGAAAAUGAAAUUCUCGUACAAGUUCAGUAAUUUACUUGGUACAGUUUAUCGUAAGGGGGAUCUACUCUUUUCUCCAGAUGGAUCAUCGGUUAUUAGUCCUGUGGGCAAUAGAAUUACAAUUUAUGACUUGAAAAAUAAUAAAUCUAUGACACUUCCUGUGGAAAGCAGAUAUAAUUAUGUUACUAUUGAUAUAUCACCAAAUGGUAGUAUAUUGGUUGCAAUCAAUGAAGAUGGCGAAACUCAUAUAAUAAGUCUGAUGAGCAAGAUUAUUUUACACAAAUAUAGAUUCAAGGGACGUCCAAAGCGUGUAAAAUUUUCCCCAGAUGGGAAAUAUUUUGCAGUUUGCAAAGGAGGCGGUGUUUUCGUCUUUAAUGCACCCUGUUUACAAAGUGGAGAUUAUAAUCCAUUUGUUAUGGCACAUUUUUUUCAUGGAUCUACUGCUGAAACAACCUGCCUCAGUUGGUCUUUUGACUCGAAACUAUUAGCGGUUGGUUCCAAGGAUACUACAAUAAAAAUCUAUAGUUUACAAAAAUGGGCGAAUUUUAGGUCAAUUACAUUGGGCUGCCAUUCUGAUGUGAUCGUAGGAUGUUUCUUUGAGAAUAAAAAUUAUGACUUAUAUACUAUUAGCAAAAACGGACGAAUUUGUAUCUGGGAGUGCACAAUUGACCCGGAUGAUUUAGUUGACUGGAAACCACGUAUAAAAAAGAGAAAGCCUGUAGAUAGCGACAGUGAAGAUGACGUUGAUACAAAAAAAGCUAUAGAGAAUCCAAAGGCCCGUACCUUAGAAGAUAGCUUAAUAGAAUCAGAGCGUUUGCUACAAGAUAAUGAUGUAGAAGGGGAAGCUGUAGGACAAGAUACUGUAGAAGAAAAUACUGCUGACGGAGCUGUCGAGGUCAGAAGGUUAGGUUUCAAGAAAUUGGCGCGUCAUUAUUUGUCGGAUGAACCUCGAAAGCAUACCAAGGAUGUAAAACUUACCGCAGCUGCUUAUCAUCGAGAUACUCGUAUAUUGGUCGUUGGAUUCAACAAUGGUUCAUUUUAUUUAUACGAAAUGCCCGACGUCAACAUGAUUCAUUCAUUGAGUAUUUCCCGACAGCGUAUUUCGUCAAUUGCGAUAAAUUCUACCGGCGACUGGAUAGCUUUAGGAUGCUCUUACGCUGGCCAAUUGUUAGUUUGGGAGUGGCAGAGCGAGACGUACGCAUUGAAACAGCAAGGACACCGAACCAACAUGAACUGUUUAGCGUACAGCCCGGACGGCCAGUACAUCGUGACCGGCAGCGACGAUGGAAAAAUGAAAUUGUGGAACACAGUGACUGGAUUUUGCACGCUCACGUUCCACGAGCACACCUCGUCGAUAUCGAGCGUUCUUUUCAGUCACAAUCGUAAAUUCGUCGCGUCCGCUUCACUAGAUGGGACCGUUCGCGCGUACGAUCUAGUGAGGUACAGAAAUUUUCGCACUCUCACUUCGCCGCGACCGGUGCAAUUUUCCUGUAUGGCGAUCGACAGAAGUGACGAGUUUCUCGCAGCGGGUGGCCAGGAUUUCUUUGACGUGUACUUGUGGAGCAUGAAACUCGGGAGUCUCUUGGAGAUACUCACCGGUCAUGAAGGGCCCGUUUCGAGUUUGGCAUUCGAUCCCACUAUUGCCAGUACAGAAUUGGCAUCUGUAUCCUGGGACAAAACACUGAAACUGUGGAACGCCAUUGAGCAUGGUUCUGCCCAUGAAACUAUACGGUUAACUUCCGAAGCGUUGUGCGUAGCUUACAAACCAAACGGGCGCGAAGUCGCGGUUUCCACGUUGGACGGGCAGAUUACGUUUUUCGAUUGUAAAACGGGCAGCCAAACGGCUUACAUCGAGGGCAGAAAUGACUUAGGCGCUGGUAGAUCGAAAACCGAUCUCAUUACGGCGAAAAAGAAUUUGCAGGGAAAAGCUUUCACCACUUUAAGCUACUCGGCCGAUGGUAUAUGCAUAUUAGCCGGUGGCCGCUCGAAAAACGUAUGCAUUUAUAACGUUGAAGUGUGCACGUUGCUGAAGAAAUACGAGGUCACUCAGAACAGAUCUCUGGAUGGCGUGGAUGAUGUUAUAAACCGAAGAUACAUGUCUCAAUUUGGAAACAUGGCUUUGCUUGAGCAUCGCGAGAGUGGAAAUAUAUCGUUGCAUUUACCGGGUGUUAGGACCGGUGAUAAGGCAAGCAGAAAGAUCAAACCAGAAGUGAGAGUACUCUGUUUACAGUUCUCUCCUACAGGGCAAGCAUGGGCUGCAGCGACAACGGAAGGUUUAUUAAUAUACUCCUUGGAUAUUGGAUUGAUAUUUGAUCCCUUCGAGUUGGAACUUGGAGUUACGCCAGACACUGUGAAAGAAAUGCUUGAAAAGCAAGACUACGCGAAAGCAUUGAUAAUGGCGUUGAAAUUAAACGAGAAGUUAUUGACACAACAAGUUCUAGAAGCUGUUCCAUACCAAAACAUCGGCUUAACGACGACGAAUAUAUCGGAUGUUUACAUAGAGAAGCUGUUAAAAUUUAUAGCGUCCGAAUUGGAAUCCACCAGACACAUACAUUUUUAUUUGCUCUGGAUAGAAACAAUCCUGACGAAACGUGGAUCACACAUCAAUAUCGCGCUUCAGACGCCAGUCUUAUUGAUGUUGCAGAAGAAUAUGCAAAAGAAAUACGACGAUCUGAGUAAAAUAUGCGAUUUUAACCAAUACACGUUAAAUUAUAUACUGAAGAUGGAAGAACUGAAACGGCCGAUGCAGUUAUCGGUAGAGUCAGAUGAUGACAUGACUGAUGAAAGUGAGGAAGAAAAAGAUCGUCGUUCCGAAGAUUGCAAGUGGAGCGAACCUUCCUCGGACGAAUGUUUAGAAAAUAUAGACAAAUGUUGAGAGAAAAAAAAACAUUUUAUUUUCCUACAUAUGCAAAUUCGCGGAAAUUUCGAUUACAAUGUAAUACGUGUGAAAUUUGUCAAUGACGAUAGUUUGUAAGU